GGGCCGGGGCGGUGGGACCGGGGCGAGGCGGCGCAUCCCCGGGAUGGAAGGGCCUGGAGCUUCGAUGCCGCCGGGCCUGGGCAGCCCGUGUGAAUGGUGGUCGGCUUCGGUCCUGAGAGUUGGGACCAUACUUCUCCGCGCGAAGGGAAACUCUGGCGGCUCCGCCUGUAACGCGAUUGGGAGACAGAGGAGGUGGAGCUGCUCCUCCGCGCCCCCUCCUCGCCAACGCCGCCGCAGCCGCCUCGGCCCGGGACCGGCCGGCCUCUUCCCCGCCCUCCCAGGACCACUGGUGGGGUCCUUGCUCUGGUCGGGGAGGAGGGAGGAGGGUCGGGGAAAAGUCGACGGGGAGGUCGAGGCUUCCCCUACGUAGUAACAGCCCUUCCAGGCUGCGCUCGGCGCAACUGACAAAAGGCAGCCUGUGAUCCCCCUGCCACGCACCCCCAGAGGGGAAGCCCCAGCCCCCCAACCGCCGUAUAUAUACUGACGGUGGGUGACUGAUGAGCACUCCUUGAGUCCUCACCGGUAAAUGGUGGACCCUCACCCCCACCCCCACCCCCACCCCACCUCGACACAAACAACAGGGUAAGCACUGUGCACUCUUGCGCUGUCAAUUAGUAACUUCUCUUGGGUGGACCCUGGGAGCAGAGCGAGGGCAGAAAGGAAAGGCCGGUUUCCCACUCUAAUCCCCGCGACUCGGUAAAUGAGGGCUGGGAUAUGAACCCUCUCCCAGUUUGAAGGGCAGAGUUUAUAAGCCCUCUUGGUUGGUGAGGACAGCCCCAGGAGGGCGGGGAGAGGUGCUUGCUCUUUGCAGACAGAAGUUAGGCAGCCUUGGGCCCUGCUGAAGCGGUCCAGAGAAAGGUGGGCCCAGAAGAGCUAGGCUUUGGCUGUGACUCUGGCUGGGGUUUGAGAUCUGGGGAAUGGGCGAGAGAUCCUAGCUGUGUAAGUUGGGGACCUGAGGCCCAGCUCCAAACCAGCCUUUUCAGCCUGCUCUGGCCUCGUCAUUAAUAAAAGUGGGGCUGACCCUGUGUCAUCCUUCAAGAAGCCAGGUGGCUUGGAGAGGAUUGUGGGUUCCAUAUCUCCCCUGUUGGCUGGGUUUUCUUGGCUGUGAAAUGAGGGUUCUUUCAACAUGUAAGGAGCACCUGCUCUGUGCUAACGUUUGUCCUGGUUACUGGAGCCUCUGAAUCAAAAGUCACAUUCCCUGCCUUUAAGGAGUUUCAAGAGUGGGAGUGUGGAACAAGGAGAAGAGUGGCCUUGGUUGGUGCCUCUAAUGCCAGGCACACACCAUAUCACGUUUAAUGGUCAGAGCAGUCCCGCCUCCCAUUCUCCACAUAGGAAACCUGAAGCUUAGAGAGCCCAAGGCAGAGCUGCAAUAUACACGAGGGUGGUGGCUGGGGAUGUCCACUGGCCAUGUGUAGUGGGCUCCUCAGGAGCAUGGGGGGACAGGGAAGGCUUCCCUGGGAGGUGAUGGUUGGGCACCAGAGUUAAUGGGAUAGAGAGGGAGUGGGCACGGAGGAGUGUGAAACAGCCUGCAGUUCAGGCUGGCAGGAACGAAGAGCAUGUGCGGGGGAGCACUGGCAUGGAUCGCACAGGAGAGCAUGUGGACUGGAGGGCUUGACCUUUAUACUCCAGCCCCUGGGGUGCCCCAAAGACUCUGGAAGGAGGGAUGUACUCCGAUACAUCGCUUGAAGUUCCCCUGAGGUGGGAGGGGGUAAGCUGGAGGGGCUGGGAGCUGCUCUAUGGCCGGUGGCAGAGGUUAAGUGAAAUAUGUGCCCUUCUUCUUUUUGUCCUCCUCCUACCCAUGGUAUGUGGGGAAGGGCGAGGGUUGCUCGGCCCUGUGGCAGUGAUUGAAGAAGCCUGACACUUUUCCCAGCGUGAGUCGGUCUCCAGUAUCCUAUGUGGCCUUGCCAGGAGCUGUUCUGAUCCUGCCCAUCCGCUUCCUGUGGGCCACUCGACCCAGCUGGGAUUUUACAUUUAGGGAUUGUCCCGGUUGCUGCCCUUUGAGGGCUGGAGAACUUUGGCUUGAAGUAGGCGCUGAGCAAAUGUUUGUAAGCGAAUGCUGGGUCAGACCCUCUGCCCAAGGCACAUCCCUAGGCGGGAGGUGGUAGGAGGGACUGAGCAGUGGCUGAGCAUGGGAGAUGGCCUCUGCCCAUCCUCAGGCAGACCCUGUCUUCCCAGAGGAAGAAACUUUCUCCCCCCAUCCCUUGGAAACAAGGUGGGGGGUUCCUGGGAAGCCUGGCCUUGCCACAGUCCUGGCCUUGCCACAGUCCUGGGCUUCUCGCCGGGUUCACGACUCUCCUCCUACCCCCUCAGUGGCAAACAGAGGCUGCCUUGUUCCUGCUCCCAUAGAGCUGCCCUGUUCUCUGCACACUAAAAAUGGAAACCCCCAAGCUAUUUUGGGAGCACUGCCCAGCCAGGCCGUGGCCACAGUACACUGCUUCCACCGGGCUGCUGGACCCUCCUCCAAGCCUACGCCCAGCCCUGCUCACUCUGGGCCAGCCUCAGGAGCACCCUGCCGGGAGCCUUGGCUGGAAGGAGCCAACCUGGACCCUGGGAAGCUCUGGGAACAGAGUGAACAGGCAGACUGGCAGCUGGGUGGUGGGAGGGGCUGGGCCAUGCCGCCUGGGCACAGGCAAGUAGGGGAAGUGUCUCAGCUUGGGAUGCAUGCCCUGUCCUCUGUGCUUUACCAAUCUUGGUGCUCCUGGCUGGAGACCAUCCAGGUCUGGGAAAGGUGGCUGGUGUCACCUGGCUUCAGGUGGAGCCUGCAAGGAUGGGUCUGUGAGGAGAGCAGGCACUCAAGGUCUGCGAAGGUCCUGGGGAUGUGGGGCACAUCUAGUCUGGUGACUUCCUUUAGGACAAUCCCCCCUGCCCCCCACCCUCCAGCCCUGCUCUGCUCUGCCCUGCAGGAGAGGAGAUAGCAAGAGAUGGCCUGGCUUCUGCAGCCCUCUAGGACUUAGGGCUCAAACCAGGGAAGUGUGCGUGAGUCUGUGUGUGUGGGGUCUGAAAGUGGGUGGUGGUGUGUAUGUCUUGGGUGGGUGGGUGCAUGUGAUGUGCCUGUGUGGAGUGCAUGUUUCUUUGUGUAAAAAGUUUGUCUCUGGAUGUGUCUUUGUGCAGGUGUCUAAGUGCAGGUGGGUAGCGUGUCUGUGUGGGACGUUUGCCUGUAUUUCUGGGCAUGUGUCUCCGUGCGCUAUGCACAGGCAGUAUGUGCAUGCAUCUGUGUGUGUGCUCGUGCCCAUGUGUUUGUGUGUAGGUGUGUGCAUCCAGGGUGGGUGGUAUGUAUGCUUCUUGGUGUGUGCGAGCAUGUGUCUGCUUAUGUGCUGGUGGUGGUUUGGGCCUAGGCUAGCCCCGGGCCUGUGUGGAGGGUAUGUACCAGGGUACCCUGACAGGGAAGAGUUUGGGCAGAGGAUGAGGAUGGGAGAGUGCCGAGAACGGGCUGCAGGGGGCACAGGACUAAAGUGGGGGCCUGACUGGGCCCUGCCAGCCGCGCAGCUCCUUCCUAGCUGCCCUUUCCCAGGCCCUGAGGGUGCUUGGUUCUGCUGCCCUCCCCCUCUGUGGGCUCUGAGGAGGCGUCCCUGUGGAAUGUGUUUGGUGGCCGAGGGCCAGGCUGGGCCCAGCUCCACCAGCAGACUGGGCAGCCGGGAGAGGUGACUCUCACACGGGGCAUGCUGUUGUCUCCUGAUCCAGCUGGCCUUGCCAGGUGACCAUGCCUGCCCUCGGCCCAGCUCUUCUCCAGGCACUCUGGGCCGGGUGGGUCCUCACCCUCCAGCCCCCUCCACCGACUGCUUUCACUCCCAAUGGUACGCAUCUGCAGCACCUGGCGCGGGAUCCCACCUCAGGCACCCUCUACCUAGGAGCCACCAACUUCCUGUUCCAGCUGAGCCCUGAACUGCAGCUGGAGGCCACUGUGUCCACUGGCCCUGUGCUAGACAGCAGGGACUGUCUGCCACCUGUGACACCUGAUGAGUGCCCUCAGGCCCAGCCCACCAACAACCCAAACCAGCUGCUCCUGGUGAGCCCUGGGGCCCUGGUGGUGUGUGGCAGUGUGCACCAGGGGGUCUGUGAACAGCGGCGCCUGGGGCAGCUCGGGCAGCUGUUGCUGCGGCCAGAGCGACCUGGGGACACCCAGUAUGUGGCUGCCAACGACCCUGCCGUCACCACGGUGGGACUGGUGGCCCAGGGCUUGGCUGGGGAGCCCCUCCUCUUUGUGGGGCGGGGCUACACCAGCAGGGGUGUGGGGGGAGGCAUCCCUCCCAUCACUACCCGCGCCUUAAGGCCGCUGGACCCCCAGGCUGCCUUCUCUUACGAGGAGACGGCCAAGCUAGCUGUGGGCCGCCUCUCCGAGUACAGCCACCACUUUGUGAGCGCCUUUGCACGCGGGGCCAGUGCCUACUUCCUGUUUCUCCGGCGGGACCUGCAAGCUCAGUCUCGAGCUUUCCGUGCCUAUGUGUCCCGUGUGUGCCUCCGGGACCAGCACUACUACUCCUACGUGGAGUUGCCUCUGGCCUGUCAGGGGAGCCGCUAUGGGCUGAUCCAGGCUGCGGCUGUCGCCAUGUCCGCGGAGGUGGCCCGGGGGGAGGUGCUCUUUGCAGCCUUCUCCUCGGCCGCUCCCCCCACUGUGGGCCGGCCCCCGUUGGCAGCUGCCGGGGCAUCUGGAGCCUCUGCCCUCUGUGCCUUCCCUCUGGAUGAGGUGGAUCGCCUUGCUAAUCGCACACGUGAUGCCUGCUACACUCGGGAGGGCCGCGCUGAGGAUGGGGCCGAGGUGGCCUACAUUGAGUAUGAUGUCAAUUCCGACUGUGCUCAGCUGCCCGUGGACACCCUGGAUGCUUACCCUUGUGGCUCAGACCACACGCCCAGCCCCAUGGCCAGCCGUGUCCCCCUGGAAGCCACGCCAGUUCUGGAGUGGCCAGGGGUUCAGCUAACAGCCGUGGCGAUCACUGUGGAAGAUGGACACACCAUUGCUUUCCUGGGUGACAGUCAAGGGCAGCUGCAUAAGGUCUACUUGGGCCCAGGGAGUGAUGGCCACCCGUACUCCACACGGAUCAUCCAGCAGGGGUCUGCGGUGAGCAGAGACCUCAUCUUUGAUGGGGCCUUCGAGCACCUGUACGUCAUGACCCAGAGCACGCUUCUCAAGGUUCCUGUGGCCUCCUGUGCUCAGCACCUGGACUGUGCAUCUUGCCUGGCUCACAGGGACCCGUACUGUGGGUGGUGUGUGCUCCUCGGCAGGUGCAGUCGCCAUUCCGAGUGCUCUCGGGGCCAGGGCUUAGAGCGGUGGCUGUGGAGCUUCCAGCCUGAGGUGGGCUGUCUGCAAGUGGCAACCUUGAGUCCUGCUAACAUCAGCCGUGAGGAGAGGAGGGAGGUUUUCUUGUCGGUACCCGAUCUGCCACCCCUGUGGCCAGGGGAGUCUUAUUCCUGCCACUUCGGGGAAUACCAGAGUCCUGCCCUGCUGACCAGUUCUGGUGUGAUGUGCCCCUCCCCAGACCCUAGUGAGGCUCCAGAGCUGCCGAGAGAAGCUGACCACGUCUCCGUGAGCCUGGAGCUCAGGUUUGGCACCGUCGUGAUUGCCGAGGCUUCCCUCUCCUUCUAUGACUGCACGGCUGUCACCUUGCUCCGCCCGUCUGCACAGUGCCAGGCCUGCGUGAGAAGCCUCUGGGGGUGUAACUGGUGCGUCUGGCAGCACCUGUGCACGCACAAGGCCUUGUGUGAUGCUGGGCCCAUGGUGGUCAGCCGACAGAGCCCGCCCCUCUCCCCAGCCCCUCCUGCAAGAGACGCACCCACCUCCUUCCCACCCACAGCCCCCAGGGCCACGGUCGCCCUGACUCUUGACGCCCUUCCUGUGGACACUCCUUCCAUAGCCACAGCCUUGGAUGUCCCCCCCGGGGCCAGGCCUUCCCUGCUCAGCCCCCGGGGGCCGUGGGCAGGUCCCGGCCCCACACCUGCCUCGGCUUCCACGGGCUCACCUCUCCACAAGGCCCCUCCUCCUCCCAGCCCCCGCCAGAGGCCUGGAACCGCUGUCCCUGCCCCUACAGCCUUCGGACCCAUGGCCACCGCCGAGGACCUCUUGGCCUCCCACCCAUCGCCCUCAGAUGCAGCAGCACUGCCCCCCGCCCUUGCAGAGCCUGGCCCCGAGGCUCUCCCCUCUGCGGUACCCCUGGACCAGCCCCCCAGCACGGCUCCCGCCACCACUUUCCCAGGGGCCGCUGGCUCCACGAAGCCUGCUCUGGACUGGCUCAUGAGAGAAGGCGGCGAGCUGCCCGAGGCGGAUGAGUGGACAGGGGGUGACACGCCCGCCUUCUCCACUUCCACCCUCCUCUCAGGUGAUGGAGACUCUGCUGAGCACGAGGGCCCUCCCGCCCCCCUCAUCCUCCUGUCCAGCCUUGACUACCAGUACGACACCCCUGGGCUCUGGGAGCUGGUGAGACCCGGCCCAGGAAGGAGGCCUCAGGGGAGGGGAUUGGGACAGAUGCAGCCUCUUGGCCACCUUGCGAUUCUGCAGGGGAAGGAUGGAGGGGAGGGGGGCGUCUGCUGCCUCACGCUGGCCUGGCCCUGGGGUUGUGCCUGGGAAAGGGAUGAGGCGGCAGGUGGGCUCCAUAGACUGCCUGGCGCUUGGUGCCUGCAGGAGGAGAUGACCUUGGGGGCAGGCUCCUGCCCUUGUGUGGAGAGUGUGCAGGGCUCCAGCCUGAUGCCGGUCCACGUGCAGCGAGAAGUGCGACUGCUGGGCAGGAACCUGCGCCUCUUCCAGGACAGCCCAGGAGACCAUGAGUGUGUGAUGGAGCUGGAGGGCCACGAGGUGGUGGUUGAGGCCCGGGUCGAAUGCGAGCUGCCUCCAGAUACCCGGUGCCAUGUCACCUGCCAGCAGCACCAGCUCAGCUAUGAGGCUCUACAGCCAGAGCUCCGCGUGGGGCUGUUUCUGCGUCGGGCUGGCCAUUUGCGUGUGGACAGUGUGGAUGGGCUGCACGUGGUGCUGUAUGAUUGUUCCGUGGGACACGAGGACUGCAGCCGCUGCCAAACUGCCAUGCCCCAGUACGGCUGUGUGUGGUGCAAGGGGAAGCAUCCACGCUGUGUGGCCCAGGAGGCCUGUGGCGAGGCUGAGGCUGUGGUCACCCAGUGCCCAGCACCCCUCAUCCACUCGGUGGAGCCACUGACUGGGCCUGUAGACGGAGGCACCCGUGUCACCAUCAGGGGCUCCAACCUGGGCCAACACGUGCAGGACGUGCAGGACACGGUCAGGGUGGCUGGAGUGCCCUGUGCUGUGGACGCUCAGGAGUACGAGGUGUCCAGCAGCCUUGUGUGUAUCACUGGGGCCAGCGGGGAGGAGGUGGCAGGCGCUGUGACGGUGGAGGUGCCAGGAAGAGGACGCGGCGUCUCAGAGCAUGAGUUUGCCUACCAGGACCCAAAGGUGCAUUCCAUCUUCCCGGCCCGAGGCCCCAGAGCCGGGGGCACCAACCUCACCCUGCAUGGCUCCAAGCUUCUGACCGGGCGGCUGGAGGACAUCCGAGUGGUAGUUGGAGACCAGCCUUGUCACCUGCUGCUGGAGCAGCAGGCGGAGCAACUGCGGUGUGAGACCAGCCCACACCCCACGCCUGCCACACUCCCCGUGGCUGUGUGGUUUGGGGCUGCUGAGCGGAGGCUUCAUCACAGCCAGUUCGAGUACACAUCAGAUCCCAAUGUCACCUCUGCUGGCCCCGCCAAGAGCUUCCUCAGUGGAGGACGUGAGAUAUGGGUCCGUGGCCAGAAUUUGGACGUGGUGCAGACACCAAGAAUCCGAGUGACUGUGGCCACGAGAGCGCCAGGACCAGGCCAGGGGCUUGGGUGGAGGCACCGCGUGAUCCCAGAGACGGCGUGCUCCCCCGGAGCCUCCUGUGGCGGCCUGCACUUUGAGGAGCCUUGCCACGUGAACAACUCCCAGCUCAUCACGUGCCGCACGCCGGCCCUCCCAGGCCUGCCUGAGGACCCCUGGGUCCGUGUGGAAUUCAUCCUUGAAAACCUGGUCUUUGACUUUGCAACACUGAACCCCACACCCUUCUCCUAUGAGGCCGACCCCACUCUGCAGCCGCUCAACCCCGAGGACCCCACCGCACCAUUCCGGCACAAGCCUGGGAGUGUGCUCUCUGUGGAGGGGGAGAAUCUGGACCUUGCAAUGUCCAAGGAGGAGGUGGUGGCCAUGAUAGGGGACGGCCCCUGCAUGGUGAAGACGCUGACCCGGCACCACCUGUACUGCGAGCCCCCCGUGGAGCAGCCCCUACCCCGGCACCAUGCCCUCCGGGAGGUGCCUGAUGCUUUGCCUGAGUUCACGGUGCAGAUGGGGAACCUACGCUUCUCCUUGGGCCACGUGCAGUACGAUGGCGAGAGCCCUGUGGCUUUCCCCAUGGCAGCCCAGGUGGGCUUGGGGGUGGGCACCUCUCUUCUGGCUCUGGGUGUCAUCAUCAUUGUCCUCAUGUACAGGAGGAAGAGCAAGCAGGCUCUGAGGGACUAUAAGAAGGUGCAGAUCCAGCUGGAGAAUCUGGAGAGCAGCGUGCGGGACCGCUGCAAGAAGGAGUUCACAGACCUUAUGACCGAGAUGACCGAUCUUACCAGUGACCUUCUGGGCAGCGGCAUCCCCUUCCUCGACUACAAGGUGUAUGCCGAGAGGGUCUUCUUCCCUGGGCACCAGGAGUCACCCUUGCACCGGGACUUGGGCGUGCCUGAGAGCAGGCGACCCACUGUGGAACAAGGGCUGGGGCAGCUCUCCAACCUGCUUAACAGCAAGCUCUUCCUCAUCAAGUUCAUCCACACCCUGGAGAGCCAGCGCACCUUCUCAGCUCGGGACCGCGCCUACGUGGCAUCUCUGCUCACCGUGGCACUGCACGGGAAGCUUGAGUACUUCACUGACAUCCUGCGCACCCUGCUCAGUGACCUGGUGGCCCAGUACGUGGCCAAGAACCCCAAGCUGAUGCUGCGCAGGACAGAGACCGUGGUGGAGAAGCUGCUCACCAACUGGAUGUCUAUCUGCCUCUACACUUUCGUGAGGGACUCGGUAGGGGAGCCUCUGUACAUGCUUUUCCGUGGAAUUAAGCAUCAAGUGGACAAGGGGCCGGUAGACAGCGUGACUGGCAAAGCCAAAUACACCCUGAAUGACAACCGCCUGCUCCGAGAGGACGUGGAGUACCGUCCCCUGACCUUGAAUGCACUACUGGCUGUGGGGCCUGGAGCGGGAGAAGCCCAGGGCGUGCCUGUGAAGGUCCUGGACUGUGACACCAUCUCCCAGGCCAAGGAAAAGAUGUUGGACCAGCUUUAUAAAGGAGUGCCUCUUGCCCAGCGGCCAGACCCCCGCACCCUGGACGUCGAAUGGCGGUCUGGGGUGGCCGGGCAUCUCAUUCUUUCUGACGAGGACGUGACUUCUGAGGUCCAGGGUCUGUGGAGGCGCCUGAACACCCUGCAGCAUUACAAGGUCCCAGACGGAGCAACUGUGGCCCUCGUCCCCUGCCUCACCAAGCAUGUCCUCCGGGAAAGCCAGGAUUACGUCCCUGGAGAGAGUCUUGGUACAGGGACCCCAAUGCUGGAGGAUGUGGACGAGGGGGGCAUCCGGCCCUGGCACCUGGUGAAGCCAAGCGAGGAGCCGGAGCCGCCCAGGCCUCGGAGGGGCAGCCUCCGGGGCGGGGAGCGGGAGCGAGCCAAGGCCAUCCCUGAGAUCUACCUGACCCGCCUGCUGUCCAUGAAGGGCACCCUGCAGAAGUUUGUGGAUGACCUGUUCCAGGUGAUUCUCAGCACCAGCCGUCCCGUGCCGCUCGCUGUGAAGUACUUCUUUGACCUGCUGGAUGAGCAGGCCCAGCAGCAUGGCAUCUCGGACCAGGACACCGUCCAUAUAUGGAAGACCAACAGCUUGCCGCUGAGGUUCUGGAUCAAUAUCAUAAAAAACCCGCAGUUUGUGUUCGACGUGCAGACAUCUGAUAACAUGGAUGCAGUGUUCCUGGUCAUUGCACAGACCUUCAUGGAUGCCUGCACCCUGGCUGACCACAAGCUGGGCCGGGACUCUCCCAUCAACAAACUUCUGUAUGCUCGGGAUAUUCCCCGGUACAAACGGAUGGUGGAAAGGUACUAUGCAGACAUCAGACAGACCAUCCCCGCCAGUGAUCAAGAGAUGAACUCCAUCCUGGCCGAGCUGUCCCGGAACUACUCUGGAGACCUGGGGGUGCGAGUGGCCCUGCACGAACUCUACAAGUAUAUCAACAAAUACUAUGACCAGAUCAUCACUGCCCUGGAGGAAGAUGGCACGGCCCAGAAGAUGCAGCUGGGCUAUCGGCUCCAGCAGAUCGCAGCGGCUGUAGAAAACAAGGUCACAGAUCUGUAGGGACUUGGAGAGCCCCUGGCCUGCUGUGCCUCAGCCCCGCCUGGGCAGCCCCGGAACCACGAGGGAGAGACCACCUUCUUAGAUGCCUGUAGUGCCUGCCCAGCGGAGUUAGUGGAAGGUGGCUCCAAGUCUCCUGGUGGCUCUGGCCUGGGCCCUGCUGGACAUCUCGCAGGCGUGGGGCCUUGAGGCUGAUGGAGUGGUGACCCUGAGGCCAGUGACCCUGCGGGCUACUUUCUGUGUGAUGUUAGUCUGAGGGAAACUGGGGACUAAGGGCUUCCAGAGAGUGGCUGGAAGGGCCUCCAGCCCCUGGGGAGACUGUACUGCUCCUGAACACUGGCCUUUAUCCCAGGGGAUUCAGAGAGGAAGGAGGAGAGCCCCCACUUCCUGUCCCGUCCUCCUCCUCCACCAUCCCUGACCUCAUUAGCCGCCACUGGCCAUGUUGCUGCUGCCAUUUUCCUAGGUCCGAGAGAUGAAUGCCUUUCCUAGGCUGCUGCAAACUGACCUCUCAGCAGGGCUGGCUGCUUCAGGGCCACCCUGCCACCGAGGCAGCCAGGAGUGAGGGGUGUCUGCUGCAGGGGGGCCUCGGGGAGAAUGGUGGCCCUACUGACCUGGCUCUUCAUUAAAGGAUAACACACUG